AUGGCGAGCUACGGAUACGGCGCUCCACACUACCACCAAAACGUUUCGUCGCACCCUCAUAACAACCACCACGGUCGCAGCCGCCGAGGGCCGAGAAUCUCCUCCCAGAAUGCGCAUCGACAUUACAAAGCGCAGCGCAGCCCCAAGGAGGUGCCUGAAACACCGACGUACAACGAGUACAUGCAAAAGCUGGAGGCGGCAAAGAGCUUCGAGUUUGACGACGACGAGGUGUUCUGUCCCUUCCAUCUCCUAACGGAGGACGAUCUCCAAUCCAUACACUCAUCGUCAGGAUCCGACCGAGGAUCGCUUUCGUCUGGCUCUCCCAACAACUCCCCUCUCCAGCACCAAGUGCAGCCUACACCAUCAUUCCUCCUCUCCAGCGCACCAAAUACGUACAACGGGCACUACCAGCACCAACAGCAGAUGAAGCUGCACCAACCGCUGGCGCAACGGACAAGGAACGCGAUCCCGAUCGUGGACCCUUCCACUCGAUCCGUCGCAAGCCCACCUCUGAGCGUCUCGCCCGGCCGACAGAUGCAGCAGCAGUACGUGCCUCGCCGGUGGUAA